UGUGUGUGUGUGUGUGUGUGUGUGUGUGUGUGUGUGUGUGUGUGUGUGUGCGUGCGUGCGUGUGUGUGUCACCCCCACUCUAUUCCCACACCACCAGAAGAUGGCCCUUACAGCUCCCCAUACGCAAUCCAGCUAGGAAGGAACGCAGACUGUUAAAUGAAUCAUUAAAAGGGGCACAUCAGGUGUUAUCCUGCAUAAUUGCUAGGGGAACUCACCAGGAGAAGGGGAGAGAGAAACCUAAUUGGCCUGACUCCCUCAGCAGUGAACACCUGUGGUCGGGGACAUUAAUGUCUUAACGUCGUUGUGGCGUCAUCUUUUCUACUUUUUAUACUGAGCAUGUAGAUCAGUGGAUAAAAAGCACUUUCCCACCUGCCUCUGAGUGUGUCCCAAAUAGCACCCUAUUCCCUAUAUAGUGCACCACUUUUGACCAGAGCCCCCCAAAAUAAUGCGCUAUGAUGGGAAGAGGGUGCCGUUUGGGAUGAAGCCUAUCUGUCCUUUCCAUACUGCUUAGGUGACACGAAUGAGGAUGCUCGGUGGUUUGGAUGCUGUUGAAUACAGAGGGGGGCUGUGUAGUUUUUGGAUGAUGUGACUUUCGUUAUGAGAUACAAGUUGAUCAGUCACAACGGAGCAUGAGCUCCAAAGCUGAAGCUUCAAAAACACAUCUUGGUUUGGUACCCUGAAAGUUUGAUUGAUUGUUUUGAAUGAGUGCAUUAGGAUCAUAAAGUCCAGUCCAUCGCGAAAAGGUUGACAUAGGCCUAUUGGGAACUGAAUGAAUUUAGGUGGUAAGGCCUUGGCAGAUCCAUCUAUUGAAAAUCGAUCUUGGAAAUUAAGAGAGUUAUUUAGGGUAAAAGCAACACAUUUUGGAGAUACUAGACACCUUUAUCAAAUAUGACUGUUUAAUAAACUUAGUCAAUAUAUUUUCAAUACUUGCAGUGACAAUGACGAAGUAGCAUUAAUCACGGAGAUGUCCCAUGAGUGAAAUUAACGACUCAGUCAAUGGAAGCGACAGAUGCGGCAGUCCUUUCAUCAGUUCCUGAUGCGUGCAUGUCGUUUAUCAGGAUCAUGUAAGGCAUUUCUAAGUGACUCGCCAUCAAAUUCCAUGCUUGCCAUAUGUUUAUGUCUCAUUUGUAUGGAAUCGUGGCUGAAGGAUCUACCGUUUUCAAAGUGUUGCGCAGUUGCAUUCGGAUGCAUUCAAGAGAAUGAAUGAGGAUGCUAUUAGAAAGAAGAACUGUUCGAAUAUUAUCGGUCGCCUAUUUAAGUAGUAGCCUAUCCUAUGGAUCAGAAGUUCCGCGCUCCUCAAGUGUCAAUUAUUUAUUGGAGUUGUCAGUGGACAUUUUGUUACGACUGUCUCCCAAACGCGUUGGCCGUGUAUUGACGGGAACAGCAAUAUAAAUGAAGAGGGACUUAACGUGACCGUAUUGAGCAGAGCAAUAGCGCGUCUUGGUGCGCUACGGAGUUGUGUGCCAACACAACUGAUGCCACCUCCAGGGAUUGAAUCCAAGUAAAUCUCGGCAGGGAGACUAGAGGAAUGGCUGCGGCAAACAACGGAUCGAACACAACUAGGACCUUUACAAAUCAGUUCGUACAACCGGCUUGGCGCAUCGUGCUAUGGUCGGUCGCGUACAGCCUUGUGCUGGCCGUGGCGGUUUUUGGGAACCUGAUAGUGAUUUGGAUCGUAUUAGCGCACAAGAGGAUGCGGACCGUGACAAACUACUUUUUACUCAACUUGGCUUUCUCUGACGCCUUAAUGGCCGCGUUCAACACGUUGAUUAAUUUCAUAUACGCUGCUCACGGCAAUUGGUACUUUGGAGAAUCAUACUGCAAGUUCCACAACUUUUUCCCUGUCACAGCAGUGUUUUCAAGCAUCUAUUCAAUGUGCGCAAUAGCAGUCGACAGGUACAUGGCCAUCAUCCACCCGCUGAAACCACGGCUGUCAGCCACAGCCACCAAGGUGGUGAUUGUGUGUAUCUGGGCACUGGCCGUGGUGCUGGCCUUCCCCCUCUGCUUCAACUCCACCAUCCGUAUCCUGCCCCGCAGGACCAUAUGCUACGUGGCCUGGCCCCGGCCCUCGGAUGACUCGUUCAUGUAUCAUAUCAUUGUGACGGUGCUGGUGUAUGUGCUGCCCCUAGUGGUGAUGGGUAUCACCUACACCAUUGUGGGGGUGACACUGUGGGGAGGAGAGAUUCCGGGGGAAGCAUCAGAUAACUACCACAGCCAGCUCACAGCCAAGAGGAAGGUGGUGAAGAUGAUGAUCAUUGUGGUGGUGACCUUCACCCUCUGCUGGCUGCCGUACCACGUCUACUUCAUCGUGACGGGCCUCAACAAGGCUCUGAUGAGGUGGAAGUCCAUCCAGCAGGUCUACCUAUCAGUGCUGUGGCUGGCCAUGAGCUCCACAAUGUACAACCCCAUCAUCUAUUGCUGCCUCAACAGCAGGUUCCGGGCGGGCUUCAAGCGGGUGUUCUGUUGGUGCCCGUUUGUCCGGGUAUCCAGCUAUGACGAGCUGGAGUUGCGCAACAACACCACCCGCCACCGAUCUGGUCACCAGGGCAGCAUGUGCACCCUCUCCCGCGUGAACACCAGGACGAACAGCACCAACGAUCACCACCACAGCUUCAAAAAGGCUGUCUCCAGCUGCCAUGGCAAUGCCAGUGUUAACGGAGAUAACAAUGGUAAUCAUGGCAACCAACCGGCGGUAGCCAAGUCCAACCUUUACAGUGACCCCGAUGAUGUGGCCGACGAUCAAUUCUCCUGAGAUGUGGAUGACGACCACAACCAGCUUCUAGAAUGUUCACGAGUGGUUUGGAAAGUUGUUGUCAACGUUUCGCCCUCCGAACUGUCCCUCAAACAUUCCAAGCAAGUCUUUACAUAUUUUUUUAUUUUACCAAACAUAAGUAUUUCUUGUGAGUUUGCUGCAAACGCAGUUGCUCUUUAUAAAGUAUUUUUUGCUGGCUUGAUGCAGUGAGAUUCAUUAGAUUUUUUUUCUAUUUGCUUAGCUUUCGAAAGCAUUUAUUCCUGCCUUUUCUCAUUUCCACACCCCCAUCUCACGACACUGACUGGACAUCUGGUAGGCUGCUGUCUCAACAGGCAGAUUUGUGACAUCUGGACUAAGCAAUGAAGGCAGAGCUUACCAAUAGUUUACCAGUGUGUGUGUGUGUUUGUGCGCGCAUCUAUUACUCACUGGCUAUUGCCUCAGGCAGUCUCCCAUUGAAAGAUUGUUAGGAGGGGUUGGUGGUUGGGCAUAUACACUACUGUUCAAAAGUUUAGGGUCACUUAGAAAUGUCCAUGUUUUUCAAAGAAAAGCAAUUUUUUUGUCCAUUAAAAUAACAUAAAAUCGAUCAUAAAUACAGUGUAGACAUUGUUAAUGUUGUAAAUGACUAUUGUAGCUGGAAACAGCAGAUUUUUUAUGGAAUAUCUACAUAGGCGUACAGAGGCCCAUUAUCAGCAACCAUCACUACUGUGUUCCAAUGCCAC